AUGCAGGCUGGCAAGAGACCGCGCGCAGCGUCGGCGCUCGAAGGCGGGCCCCGCAGCAUUGCCAGCCAAGCCACCCUCUUCCUCAGUGGCGUGCUAGAUGGCACGUGCCGCAUGGUGUUGCCGGCGGGCCAGGACGGAGAGGGUCCGCUCCUCGGCAGGCUGUACCUGACGGCGUGGGAUCACAAUCGCGCAAAGCCGAAGCCGCUGGGCAAACCUUGCAAAGAGAAAGCACUGCUGGAGGAGGUCUGGUGGGACACCCAGGGCCGUCUCAAUUGUACCUGCGACCGCGGCAGGCUGUCUUUAGAAGCCUCCUGCGUGCACAAGCUGGUCUUGGCGUCCCUCUGCACGGACUCCAUCGCCAGCAGCUGCCUGCCGACCGCGAAGGUCCUGAGCCAGGGGGGGCUCGUGGUCGAGCAUCUGGGCGCAGACUCGAGUGGCACCUUCUAUGCAGUGAGGAACAGUCCUUUGGGAGUGAGCCCUGAGCAUAGGAUGCUCCACCGGUCCACGGCUGGAGCCUGGUACUGUCAGGGCAAACUCAGCGGCUGUCCUGCGCAAGAAUGCACUCACAUCGCGGCGGCCAAGGCUACCCUAGCAGCGGGAAAGUUGCAGCAUUGUGAGGGCAUCCUUCUCGGGCCGGACGCCCUAAGUACGGCAGCUCACUGGAUCCUGGAACGGGAGGGUGAGCUGCCGUUGCUUGGCGAGCCGGACGAGCAAAGGGUGCAGAGGGCAGGGUGCGCAAUCGGGCAAGGGGCAACCAAUGAGGAGGAGGUCCUGCUGGGAUUGAUCGCCGGACAGAAGCACGGAGCGGCAGAGUGUCUGGGAGACGAGUGCUUCUGCCGGAAGCAUCGGAUUCUUUUUGGAGAAGCGCGGGUGCCCUUAGACGCCAUCGACGAGGCAGAGGCCCCGGAACCGUCGAGCACCGGCGUCGAGCUUUGGAAGCGGGCGCCGAGGGGUUCGAAAUACUGGGCGGACCACGCGGGCGAGCUGCAAAGAGCCGCGCCACGCAGUGCCCCGGAGGAGCCGGCGGAGGACGCGCGGGGGAAGGAGGCAGUCCACGGCUGGGUAACAGCUUGCAAUAGCUGCACUCUUAGCGGGGUGCUGCAAGGGGGAUGCAAGCACGCGGAGGGGGAGCGCAUCCAGGUGCCGAUCAUGCUGCUGGGGACGGAGGCUCUGCAGGUCACGCAGCCCAAACUGGGCAAGCUCAGCGACUCCCAGCUUCACCAUGACCCAUGGAUCAGCUGCCUCAAGGGAGGGCCGGUCCGCGUCAGCAAGCUAAGGGAUUGCCAUUUUCGCGAGCUCAGCCAGCUGGGCAUGCUGAGGGCCGCUUGCCCGAUUCAGGCACCCCCCUGCGGCGGCAAAUGGGUAGAGCACGUGAAGGCGGCCUUCAUCCACGGCUCCACCUGGUCGGAGCCAGUGCAAACGACGAUCUACUGCUGCCAGUGCACUAGCAAGGCGCACACCGUGCACUUUUGUGGGGAACAUCUCGGCCUCUACUGCUGGACGCAGGGGACGAUCCUGGUUCAAGAAAGCUUGCAGCUCAUCCUGAAGGGAAUGCAACGAUCGGGAUCGGCCUUCUCCGCUGAGUUGGCGAGGGACCAGGAGGCUUUCGCCCGCUCCCCCGACUCGGUCGUUUUAUCGGACGAGAGUUGGCGGCGGGCGAGUCUCGACUUCUUCAGGCUGGUCGGCAGGCAGAUCCUCGAGUGCUGUUCUAUCUGCGGCGUGCAUCCGGAGGUGCUCCUGGCCGAUGGAAUAGUUGGAGUAGCAAACUCGGACGGUGGCAAACGGCCGGGAGGCUUAGGGAGUACCUCUCUGGACUGCAGGCGGACGUUCGUCCACCCGAGCCAGCAAUCGGGCGGCGAGGCCCUGGAGAAGCAGUCCAUCUCGGGCCGCGAUUACUGCGCCGCAGGUCUGGAAGGUGGUGGCAUGAAGCGGCGACUCCUGCUGCAGCCGGAGCUCCGCGACCUGCUUGCACGUCUCUCGCAGCACAGGCCGACGUCAGAGAGACUUGGGCAACGGCUCAGCGAGGCGGAGUACCUCGAUCUCAAGGCAGCGCUCGCUCGGGAGGACGUGAAGGAGGUGGUGCGCUUCACCCAAGUGGAGGGCGAACCGGGCAG